GGGCCCUCCGCCCGAUGCCCCCCUAGUCGCAGGGAAAACAUUACCAACGGGUUUUCCAGAUCCCUCCUACGGGCUCGUUCGUUUUUCCGUGUACCAAUGUCGAAGAAACAUCAUACGCCGACGGACGGAAGAGGCGCUUCACACAACGAACGCGAAGACCAUACUGUGCACAGUCAAGGCCAAACACUUGCCACCGACCUGUCUGAAGACGAAGGACGGCCCCUUUCCACUGCCUUAUCCAAUCGCAUACCUAUCGAGAUAUAUGAAAACAUCAUCGAACACACGGAUCGGGAUAUGCUACGUUCUGCGGCAUUGGUUUGCCGGGCAUGGUAUCCUCGUGCCAGUCAGAGUCUCUAUCACACCGUCAUCAUCGAGUCGCGUGCAAGCUAUGGUUUGUUGACGACGCAGCUCCGCACGUCGCCUCGCAUCUCGCAUUGGCUUGCGUAUACGCACGAACUGGUCAUCGGACGCUACCGACCCAGCGACUCGAAUAUACCCUUUCUGGACGCCCUUCCUCUUGUCUUCGCACAAGCUUUACCAGCCUUGCGGGUGCUCGAGAUUCGUCGGAGCUUGCGUCCUGCUAUGCACCCGAGUUUCUAUGUUGCCCUCCGCCAAUUCCAGCACCUCACGUCAUUGCAUCUGUGUCUUGUCAAGCUGAGCAACACUGCUCAGCUACGACGGAUUGUCUGUGCGUUUCCGAGUCUGGAAGAGCUCACCUUGGAGAAUGUGACUUUCGUGCAAGCGCAGUCCUCUGGUGCAACAGUCCGGAACGUCGCUCUCGUAACUCAUCCCGAAAUUCGGCUCAGGCGACUGAAGUUACGCGGGUAUCACGACGGCCACAUACAGUCAUUCGAUCCAAUUGUCACCUGGCUUGUAUCCUCGAAAUUCUGCGGUUCCCUUCUCGCUUUGGUGAUGGUCUUCGACGCCUCGUCUCCGUUGGAUGCUAUCAGGGAGCUCGCAACCAAGCAAGUCGAUCGACUCCUCGAGGCAGGCGGGCCGUCUCUGGUAUCCUUCCAUGGUGAGAUCUAUUUGUGGCUUCAUGAUCACUCUCCUUGCGAUUUCGCGCACAACACAGCCUUACGUCACUUGGCGUUGAAGCUGAACUUCCACUUUGGCUCGUCCGUAGAAGACUCGGAUUGGCCAGACGCGGCAAACGAGCUGCGCGCGGCCUUCUCCACGAUCCGGAGCCACCAGCUCGAGGACAUCGCAGUCCACCUCAGGUUCGAAUUCUCCAGCCGUCUGGGUGAGGAAGAGCUCAGCCGCUCCUACGAGAAGCUGGGCUCAGACUCGCGGGGCCUACACGAUGUCCUGGCUCGGCCGUACUUCGUCGCACUGACGGAGGUCGGCGUCAAGGUCGAGGUGUUCCAUAUGCCUGAUGAUUACAAGUCGGCGGACGACUUUGCCAGAGCGAUCGUCCCUAUAUGCCGGCGAUUGUUCACGCCAUGGGAUAAUCGCGGUAUAGUCAACGUUUCGUACUACACGACUCAGGCGUGACCGUGAAGAAGCGUAUGC